AAUUUGGAUAUAAGGAUAACUGCCUAUACUAUUAUCCCUCUAAACCUAAUUCUACUGGCAAAUCAUGGCAUCUAUUUGGAAUUGCUGAAGAGACUCUUCGGCAGGAAGCUCUUCAAUUUGGAAUGGCUGAGGAGCCUCUUCAGAAGGUCUCUCAAGUUUCCCGUCUCUUUUCCAACAGCUGGCUGGGAAACUAUUCCUGACGAUGAGACAAUUGAGGAAGAACAGAUUGAAGAGUUUUUGCAGCAAAACGGCUAUCUGCCUGUCGAUAUCGGCGACAUUUUACUCUCCCGCUAUCAGGUUGUCGGUAAACUCGGAUGGGGAAUCACAUCUACCGUGUGGUUGGCUCGAGAUCUUGAAAUGAAUGACUAUAUGGCAUUGAAGAUGUUCUCGCAUGAUAUGCUUCCUAGCGAAGAAUCUACAUACUACGACAAAAUCAAACAGGGAAAUCAACAACAUCUUGGAUCGGGUCGAGUAAGGACAAAGAUAGCUGAGUUUGAAUUUACCAGGCUUGAGAUCUUCAAGCACUUGGUCAUUCUGCAAGAACCUCUUGGAGAGAGCUUGCUAGAUAUCCAAAAUCGUUCGGUCGGUGAGCGCUUGGAUAAACUCUAUAUCCAGUCAACGAUCUAUCAGAUGUUGCUAGCACUGGACUAUAUGCAUACAGAAUGCAUUCUUAUCCACGGAGGCUUGACAGAUACGUCCAGGCUGAGAUUGAACACCCUUAAGCAAGAAGAAUUGAUUUCGCCUAUAUCUUCUAUCGCUCUAGGCCACUUGAGCCAGCAUCCCAGUUGGCUAGGAGAUCUCGGAUCUGCCCAACCAGGAGACGUCCCACGAAACAGUCAGCCUCUCCAGCCUGCUCUUUAUCGAUCACCCGAGGUGAUACUUGAAAAGGAGUGGAACUAUCCGGUUGAUAUUUGGAACUUGGGCGUUUGGGCAGUCGAUUGUUUUCCCCUCGAAGAAGACCAUGAUGCCUACACCACCUCUGCACAUCUUGCGUACAUAACAGGGUUGCUGGGACCACCGCCUCCUGAUUUCAUAGAACCUGACACCAUCAGUGCCAAGUAUUUUGAUAAAGAUGGAAAUUGGAUAGUCGAGGACUGCGAGGUUCAUCCGACCAGUUUUGAAGAUUUGGAGAAACAUCUUGAAGGGGAAGAUAAAGAGAUGUUCUUGGACUUGAUGAAGGGAAUGAUCACCUGGCGACCGGAAGAUCGAAAGACCCCGAGGGAGCUGAUCGAGCAUCCAUGGCUUCAAGGUAUCUUUUGGCCACCUGGUUGUUACAAACCAACUGAAUAG